AUGGCUCGUCCACAAAGCUCUGCUUCCAGACAUUCGCGGCAGAAUACUGAUCAAGCACCUCCUCAGGCUAGAAACACCGCAGUCGCUAGAGCUCACAACACACGUUCCCGGAGGCCAUCUGUUAGACGCCAGCAUCAGCAUAAUCGACAUCAUCUAUCAGAAGAAGAUCGUUUUCUGGAACUCAGACGAUCCGCACGCAUAGCCAGACAACAACAAGACCAAUUACGAGAAGCUCAGGCCCAAGAACAGCAUCAAGAUUCUACAAUGGCAGACGUUGCACGCCGCACAUACGCUCGCAAUGACCACGGUCCUCGCAGUGUUGAACACCGCCGCAGUUCGACCCGUACUGAUACAUCCACCCAUUCUCGCCAACAAUCCUCUGCCUCUCCGUAUACCCUAACCAUCACCUGUGCCCCUCCCUCCUCCGUCUCCCCCUCUACUCCCUUCACAACCCGCAUCCUGAUCACCACCCCCCGGCGCCGCACACCCCAAAACCUGCUCGCCGUAGUCUCUCUCACUUCUGCUUCCGGCACACCUCUCCCUGCCGGCCACCUCCUCACCACUUCUCCCUCUGCGAAACUCAUGGACUCAGUCAGCGAACCCUCGCGUUCUGACAUCUCUGCUCUGGGUAGAUCUGCCAGAGGAGAGAUUGUAGGAGCAGCGGGGUUUGAGGGUUUGUGUGUCAGGGAACAGGGAGAGUAUCGCGUAAGAGUUACUAUUGCAAGGAUGGAGGGGGAUGGCUGGGAGGCUGUUGCUGAAGUCGACAGUGGUGUGUUUAGGGUUGUUGGGAGAAGUGUCAAUGGGGUCAAGUGUUGA